AAUAUUAAUUCUCAAACUGUCGAUUGGGGCCCAGAAGAAAACGAAAACAAAAGUGAGCCCAUUGAAUCAUUGAUGACGACUACACCAAAGUUAGAUGGUCUAGGCCCAGAACAGAGACCCAGUAAACGUUAAUUUAGAGUGUAUAAAUUAAAACCCUAUCUACUGUCCAAUUCUGAACCCUGAAUCCUAAAUCUUCAAACUCUCUCUACGCCUCCAGUAUGAUUGUCUAUCUGCAACCAAUAUCCGAUCUCGACCUGAACCCUGCCCAACUGAAAACUCUACGUACUAAACUCAAGCACCUCAUCCGGCAAGGUCGCUAUGUCGAGUUUGAAUCAUCAUCACGGAAGUUGUUGGCAAAACAUGGAUUAAUUAGGAGCAAAGGAGAAGCACCGAAUGCUCCUGACAACAGCCACCGUGGCUGCGGCCGUAGCGCAACUGGUGAAGGUUUAACUGACAGUCCUCCUUUACCAAAGGGCCAUGGUUAUAUUUCUUUGGGAACCAUGGUGGAUAAGCAUGGUAAUGUCUCUGAAAUACCUUCUAGCCGUUCUGCUCUCAUGUAUUGUGGUCUUUGUUGUAAAGAAGGAGACCACUGGACACGAAAUUGUCCAGACUGGCAUCGACCAGAACCAGAACCAGCAUCUGCUGUUCAGACCAAGAGAAAAGAAUCAAAAUCAGUUGUUCAGACACAGAGAAAGAAAAAUCAAAAUCCGCUGCUGGCACCAACAACAGCUCAUAUGAGACCAAAGAAUGAUGAGAACUGUCCGUCUUUGUGAGCCAUGUUUUCUGAGAAGACUACUGGUGCGAAGAGAACAAUUAGUCUUUUAAACUGUCUUUAAAUGUCAUAUGCAUAGUGGGAAACUUGUUUACUUUACUGUCAUUAUAACUAGGAAAGUGUUGUCGUGUUUUUUUGUUCAUUUUUUAAGGAUUUUGUCCGUCAACAGUUAAAAUAAUGAUGGGAUUGCGGUCUCCGAUUGACUUGCAUGCAGUUGAAAGUUUUUGUGAAAAGGUCGUCUUUUUUGGUGGGGAAAUUAUUUCCAAAGCCAUCGAUGAGAUGGUGGUGAAAUUUUUAGAAAAAUCUGUGAAGGGACUCUUGGCCUGAGGGAGGGUAAUGCAUCAAGCCAUAAAUUGUUCUGUUUUGACAGGGUAGCUAAUCUAUGGAUUUAACCGAGUGAUUUUAUGCUUGGACUGUGUUUUAUUAUGUCUUUGGAACGUACUGCUCCUAAAAGCUUCUCAAAGUGACUUUGAUACCAGAAAUCAAAGGCAACAAUGAUGUGUGUACAAGGUACCAGAUUACAUGACCAACAU